AUGGGUUUUGCUAAAGUCUCUUCCAUAUUCCUUGUCGCUCUAUUUCUCAUCAAUGGCUGUUACUCCACCACUUUCACCGUCGUUAACAAAUGCAACUACACCGUCUGGCCAGGACUUGUCACCGGCGACGUAACUACUAAUUUCCCGGAACCCUCCGGUUUCACCUUAAACACUGGCGAGUCGCGAAGCAUCUCCAUACCCUACGGCUGGGCCGGCCGCCUAUGGGCUCGAACGCUCUGCAACACCACCGGGGCAUUCACUUGCGUCACUGGCAACUGCGGCUCAUCCACAAUCGAAUGUUCCGAUGCCGGAUCCAUCCGUCCGGCGACAGUAGCCGAAUUCACACUCAACGGCCCCGGAAAUCUUGAUUCUUACGACGUCAGCCUCGUCGACGGUUUCAACGUCCCAAUGACGAUCAUCCCUCGCUUAGGAAAACCCGGUGUCGGUAACUGCACCGUCACUGGAUGCCCGACCGAUCUCAACGCGGUGUGUCCGGAUAGGCUGAAAGUACCAGCGGAAGUUGGUGGAGCGGCCGUGGCGUGCAUGAGCGCUUGCGUGUUGUCUGGAAAGCCGGAGGAUUGCUGUAGCGGAGCGUUUGGAACGCCGGACACGUGUAAGCCAAGUAACUCCUCUGCUUUCUUCAAAAAAGCUUGCCCUAGAGCUUAUAGCUACGCUUAUGAAGCCGGCACAAACACCUAUACUUGUUCCGACGCAGAUUACCUCAUCACUUUGUGUGCUCAUACUUAUUCCCCAAGUCCACCUAGAAGUUCCCAACCGGACUUUAAUAGCGUUUCUACCGCUUCUUCUCUGGCCGCGUCAGGUACAAUAUUCUCAGUUGCGUUCUCAUUAUGCGUUUUGGGUGUUGCGCGGUUCCUAUGA